AUGGCGCUGUCAGCUGACAUGUCGGAGGACCUGGAAACUUUGAAGGCGGAGGACAACGAUAAUCCGUCCCCUUCAGAUAAUCUCCUGUCCAGGAUCUUCUGUUGGUUGAAUCCCUUGUUCAGAAUCGGCUACAAGAGAAAGUUAAAUGAAAAUGACAUGUAUAAAGUUCUUCCAGGGGAUACAUCUGAAAGGCUUGGGGAGGCGCUACAAUGGUACUGGGACCAUGAGGUUGAGAGGGCAGCAAAAGAACUGCGUACACCAAAGCUUACCAAAGCUCUUAUUCUCUGUUUUUGGAGGUCAUACUUCCUUAUUGGAAUGUAUAUGUUUCUGGAGGAAGUUAUAAAAGUAAUUCAGUCAUUGCUACUUGGGAAGAUAAACGAGCACUUUGAAAUAUACGAACCCACCGCUACAAUCUACGAGGCCUACGGUUACGCUGCAGCCAUCUCCCUAGCAACCAUUAGCCUUACUAUUCUUCACCACCUUUAUUUCUACUCCGUCCAGCGAGCAGGCAUGAAGAUCCGUGUAGCCAUGUGCCACAUGAUCUACCGCAAGGCUCUCUCUCUAAACAGUACCGCUUUGAGAAACACAACCUCAGGGCAAAUUGUGAACCUCUUAUCCAGCGAUGUCACCAAAUUUGAUGAGGUAACCUUAUACUUACACUUUUUGUGGAUUGCACCUGUACAAGCUGCUGCUGUGAUAUUUUUGUUGUGGCAUGUGAUUGGUCCAUCAUGCCUUUCGGGAAUGGUUUUUGUCUUCAUCCUGAUGCCAGUGCAGAGUUUAUUUGGACGAUUGUUCUCCCCUCUCAGGGCAGAAACAGCAGUGUUAACAGAUAACAGAAUUUGCACAAUGAAUGAAGUCAUCUCUGGGAUCCAUGUGAUUAAGAUGUAUGGUUGGGAGAAGCCUUUUGCUGCACUGUUGAAUGACAUCAGAAGAUUGGAAAUCGGCAAGAUCAUGAAAAGCUCAUACCUACGUGGACUGAACAUGGCAUCUUUCUUUCUGGCCAGCAAGAUCAUCAUCUUCAUCACUGUCUGUGUGUACGUGCUGACAGGAAACAGGCUAACUGCUAGCCGGGUUUUUAUGACCGUUUCCCUGUAUGGAGCAGUCAGACUCACCAUCACACUCUUCUUUCCCUUGGCCGUUGAGAAGGUCUCUGAGGCACUCAUCAGCAUUCGCAGGAUUAAAUAUUUUCUUCUGCUGGAUGAGGUCACGCCUCAGUGUGUUGGACUUUCUGUGGCAGACAAGAGGGACUGCAUGGUGGAUAUUCAGGAUUUGAUAUGCUACUGGAACAAGGCAUUAGAGGCUCCAACUUUGCUGAAUGUGUCUUUCACAGUGAGGUCAGAACAACUUCUGGCAACAAUUGGAGCUGUUGGAGCAGGAAAGUCGUCACUCCUUAAUGCCGUCCUCGGAGAGCUGAGUCACACCAGUGGCGUCGUCAAGGUUCGAAGAGAGCUGAUCUACGCCUCUCAGCAGCCCUGGAUUUUACCAGGUACCAUUCGAAGCAACAUCAUCUUUGGCAAAGAUUUCAACCCACAGAAGUAUGACAGAGUACUGAGAGCCUGCGCCCUGAAGAGAGACAUGGAGCUAUUACCAGGUGGUGACUUGGCAGUGGUUGGGGACAGAGGGGCCAACCUCAGUGGAGGUCAGAAAGCACGGGUCAGUUUAGCCAGAGCAGUAUAUCAGGAUGCAGGUAUCUACUUGCUGGAUGACCCGCUCAGCGCUGUGGAUGCUGAGGUGGGGAGGCACCUCUGUGAAGAAUGCAUCUGUGGACUUUUGAAGAAGAAGCCACGCAUCCUGGUUACUCACCAGCUGCAGUAUCUGAAAGAUGCAGAUCAAAUUGUUGUCUUAAAGGAGGGUCACAUGGUGAUGCGGGGCACCUACAGUGAGCUGCAAGAAUCUGGUCUGGACUUUACUUCCCUGCUGAAGGAAGACAAUGACCACGGGCAGGAAAAACACAGCAUGUCCUCGUCCUCUGUCCCCGGCGCUUUGUCUGGCUGCUCAAACACAGUUUCUGACAACUCCGUGCCCGCCACAUGCUCACUGUCCUCCUCUGUGCACUCCUUGAUAGAGGAAGCAGAGCCUCUUACAGUGGUGAGAUACCCGAUUGAGGAGGACAGCCGCUCAGAAGGAAACGUCGACCUGCGUAUGUAUGUGAAAUAUUUCAGAGUAGGAGCUAAUAUCCUGGUCCUGGUGCUCCUUAUUUCUCUUAAUGUUCUCGCACAUGUGACCUUCAGAUUGCAAGACUGGUGGCUUGCUUGUUGGGCCUCCGAACAGAAGCACAUCAAUGCGACGCAGCACCUGAAUGGCAGCUUCCCUCAGCAGCUGGACCUUGACCUGUACCUGGGUGUUUACGCAGGUUUAACAGGUGCUUCAGUCGUGUUUGGCUUCCUGCGCUGUUUGGUUUUCUUUAAUGUCCUGGUGAGCUCAGCCCAGACCCUUCACAACCGCAUGUUUAACGCCAUCCUCAGGACACCGGUGCGCUUUUUCGAUAUCAAUCCGAUUGGAAGGAUCCUCAUCAGGUUUUCCAAGGACAUCGGUUACCUGGAUUCUUUGCUUCCAUGGACGUUUGUGGACUUUAUCCAGAUAUUCCUCCAAGUCCUCGGAGUGAUUGCGGUUGCUGUUGUUGUCAUCCCUUGGAUCCUCGUUCCCGUCGCCCCUCUUCUCGCCAUCUUUCUCUUUCUUUGUUUCUAUUUCCUGCAGACUUCGAGGGACAUCAAGCGCCUUGAGUCUACCACUCGGAGCCCCAUCUUCUCCCAUCUUUCUUCUCUGCAUGGGCUCUGCACCAUCCGUGCCUUCAGAGUUCAACAAAGGUUUCAGCAAAUGUUUGAUGCACAUAUAGAUCUUCAUUCAGAGGCCUGGUUCUUAUUCCUGACUACUUCUCGCUGGUUUGCAGUGCGGCUUGAUGGAAUUUGUUCUCUUUUUGUCACCAUUACAGGUUUUGGCUGCAUUUACCUCAGGGAUGGGUUGGAACCCGGUGCUGUGGGUCUGGCUCUGUCCUACGCUGUGACACUCACAGGAAUGUUCCAGUGGGGCAUCAGACAGAGUGCAGAGAUUGAGAACAUGAUGACCUCAGUGGAAAGAGUGGUUGAAUAUGCAGAGUUGGAGAAAGAGGCACCCUGGGAGACGAGCACACACCUUCCACAAGAUUGGCCCCAGACUGGCUCCAUCAUCUUUGACCGUGUCGACUUCCGCUACAGUGCCAGCGAGCCUUUCGUCCUAAAGAAUGUGACCGCUGUCUUCACAUCCAGAGAAAAGGUCGGCAUCGUUGGACGCACCGGUGCCGGAAAAAGCUCCCUGAUCUCAGCCUUGUUCCGUCUGGCAGAUCCCGAGGGAAGAAUAAUGAUUGAUGGAUUUCUGACUGCUGAUGUUGGUCUGCACACCCUGCGCCAGAAAAUGUCCAUCAUUCCUCAGGUCCCAGUUCUCUUCACGGGCACCAUGAGGAAGAAUCUGGACCCUUUCAGGCAGCACACAGAUGAGGACCUGUGGAAUGCACUCCAAGAGGUGCAGUUGAAAGCAGUGGUGGAGGAGCUGCCCAGUAAGCUGGAGACGAUGCUGACUGAAUCUGGCUCUAACUUUAGUGUGGGUCAGAGACAACUGGUGUGUCUGGCCAGGGCCAUCCUGAGGAAAAACCGUAUCCUCAUCAUUGACGAGGCCACAGCCAAUGUAGAUCCAAGAACGGACAGACUCAUCCAGCAGACAAUCCGGGACAAGUUUCAAGAGUGCACAGUUCUCACUAUUGCCCACAGGCUCCACACUAUCAUUGACUGUGACAGAAUCAUGGUUCUUGAUGCCGGCAGGAUCCAGGAGUACGAUGAGCCGUACAUGCUGCUACAGAACCAGGACGGGCUUUUCUUCCAGAUGGUCCAGCAGACAGGCAGAGCCAAAGUCACCGCGCUACUCCACGCCGCCAAGCAGGUUUACAUGAACAAAAAGCGAGCUGCAGACGCACAGCGCACAGAUGACGUGUGCGUGGUCUUUGAGACGUCUCUUUGAGAGUGACUGUGGACCUGGUGCUGACCAAAUCCUUUACUGAGAGAGUUAUUAAAAUGUAUCCAGACUUCACCUUUGUGUGGCUGUCACAGCCUGUUGGACUGAAAAACGGAAAGUGAAGAGUAUCUGAAGCACACUGUGUCUUUCUUUAUUGAUUACACCUUGCUAUGUUUGUGUGAGGUCUGGAAUCCUGGCUUGUUUCCGAGCUGCUGCAAUAAAUUAUUAAUGUGUUAGUUUUACGAUGAGCAUUGUCAUGUCAAACUGAAAGUUUCUUUUCAUUGUUUUGGAUAUACUACAGAGAUGAGACCACAGUGUUUUCACUAAUUAUUGGGCCUUAAUCAGAAUAUUGAUUCUCUGUAAUUGCAUUGUAUUAAUUCCAUGUGCUUUGAACACAGAGCGGUUAGACAGGCUGUCUGUCACAGCAGCUUGUGAUUAAAGAACAUGUCAUGUCUUGACAACGGCAUUACCACCAAAGGUCAUGUGAUAC